AUGGCUGAGAAGCUUGACAGCAUCCUUAAAAGCUAUGUCGCCGACGGCACAGCAACCAAGGACAAACUCCUCGGAGCGUCCUUUGUUGUGGUUGGUAAAGAUGGCCCCAUCUAUCAAGGCUCUGCGGGCCGCACCCGCGUCGACCCCUCCUCACCUCCCUUCCAAACAGACUCCAUCACCUGGGUCACCUCCAUGACCAAGCUGGUCACCACAGCCUGCCUCAUGCACCUCGUCUCGCGCGGCCUCGUGACCCUCGACGAGGACCUGCGCCCGCGCGUGCCGGAGCUCGCCGCGUUGCCCAUUCUCAAGGGCUUCGCCCCCGAUGGCGAGGGUGGUGAGAAAGACAGCGGCGCGCCGCUGCUGGAGCCCAACACGCACCCGAUCACGCUGCGCCAGCUGCUGACCCACACGGCCGGCCUGGGCACCAACCCGGGCGACCCGGACCUGAUGCGCUGGGCGGCCUGGGCCGGCGUCACGGACAAUGUCGCCAGCUGCACCAUCGCCGGCUGGGCGACGCCGCUCAAGUUCGCGCCCGGCGCCGGCUGGUAUUAUGGCACCGGCCCGGACUGGGCCGGGCAGACGCUCGAGCGCGUGACGGGGGUGUCGCUGGGCGAGUACCUGCGCGAGUGGGUGUUGGAGCCGCUGGGGAUGGAUGGUACGGGGUUCUUUCGUGGUCGGGUGGUGGGGGAGGGGAAGAAAGAUAGGUUUGUGCCGAUUUCUGAGAGGGAUGGGGAGACGGGGGAGUUGAGUGAGAGGGCGGAGAUGUUCCCCGCGGAGCCCCAGUACGAGGCCGGCGGCGCGGGGUUGUAUACGUGUGCUGGGGACUACGCGAAGGUUAUGCAGGCGGUGCUGAAGGGGUUGGAUGGUGAGGGGAUCUUGAAGAAGGAGGUUGUGGAUGAAAUGUUUAGGCCGCAGUUGGAUGAGACACAGCGGGCGUGGUUGCGGGGGAUUCUCUGGGAAUUUGGAUCUGGCGCUGAGUUGCCCGAGGACACGCCGGUCGAUUAUGGGAUCGGAGGCACCAUCAAUAUGGAGGAUGUGGAGGGAAAGCGGAGGAAGGGGAGCAUGAUGUGGUCUGGCAUGUGCAAUUCACGAUGGUGGAUUGAUCGUGAGACGGGUAUCGGCGCUGCGAUGUUUGUCAAUGUCUUCCCGUACAAGGACCCGAAUGUCCUCAAGAUGUAUGAUGAGCUGGAGCGGGCUGUGUACGCGGAGCUUGUGCCGAAGUGGCAGGCAUCCCAGUGA